ACGCGCAAGGUGCUUACAACCAACCAAGGAAGAAUGAGGAGGAGGAUCGGCUAAAUAGGCUGCUUAUGUUUGUUGAGAACCAGCAGCGGAAAGCGACAGAGAAGAAGAAGGAGGAGCAGGAGAAGAGGCGACAGGAGGAAGAGAGACAGAGGUUGGAGGAGGCGAAGCAGAGGGAGGAAACUGAAAGACGACGGGCAUAAGCGAUUAUGGAAGCUACAGUUGCGCAAGCCUUUGCCAAGCAGAUGGCGGCCCUGGAGGAGAAAAUCAAAGACCAUGUUCAAUCCACGCUCACUGCGUCAGAGGAGAAGAAUUCGAGGCUUUACGAAGGCUUGAUGCGUUUCCUGGAGCGUACGGAGGGUGAGGUACCAAGGAGACCUCGAGAGGAGCCUUACCCGAACCUGAAAAGGAGGCUGGACUUGGAUGAGUAUGAGAGGGGAGUUGAUACCGGAGUAAGGAUUGCUGCUACGCCUGUUACCAAGAAGCGGACGGUGGGGAUGAGGAAAGGGAAGGAACCAAUGGACACGGAGACAAAGAAGAAGGGAGCAGUUGCAUCGUGUUCCAAGCAAGGGGUGAUUGAUUUUGCCCUCGAGUUGCGAGAGAGUUUACAAGCGAAGCAAGCCCCGGAGCUCAAGCUAAUGUGUAAGAGGAAGAACAUCAAGUGGGUAUCGAAGGCACAGGCGGUUAAAGACCUGGCGGCAGCAAAGACUAGGGAGGCGUACGAUGGUUGGCUUACCGGGGUAGAUGGCGCCGAGGGUGGGAAGGAAGACAGGAGGCCGGAUGGAGAAGUGGCACCUCAUGCAGAUUGACGGUGCGCUACCCCAGCGCGGUAUCUCUGGGGUAAGCUCCUGAUGUACAUGGGGCUUCGAGAGUGCAUCUGGGGGACGUAUGGCUUGACGAAU